UUCUAGAAUUAUUAUUGGAAUAUGAAGAAUGGCGCAGCCAAACAGUGUUUCGCGGCAAAGUAGAGGAUGACGUCAGCGAUCGGAUGGUACGGACCGCUAAUCGACCUGUCGAAGGCGGCGCUUCACAUCGGCGACUUCGUUCAGCUGGUCGUCUUCAUCCACCGAAUCACUCCUCUUCAGUAUAAAUUAUCCAACGGCGGAGAAGUGAUCCGGACCGACAUCCAGGUCGGCGACGAAACGAGGCCGUUUUUCUCCGUAUCCCUAUGGCAAAAGCAAAUGGGAUCCAUGGCCGUCUACGGCGACGUGGUUUUGUUACAAAAUGUGAAGAUAGUAAAAUAUCGUGAUGUUGUUGAAGCUAAAACCGUGACACAGUCGUCUUUACACCGUCUACUUCAUCCUUAUGAAUCCAUUUUAACUAAAGGUGUGGAUGAGUUGAUAGAGGGGUGUCGAGUUGGGAUAGCUACCAAGGAGAAGCUAAGAAAGGUAGUAGAAUGGGUGAAGAAGAGCAACACUCGUCAGUUCCGCGGCUCUCAGCUGCAGCAGAGGCAAUUCCCGAGGAACUGGAAGCUGCCAGAAGAGAGUAAAAAACCUGAGGAUUGUUGUUCAGUUUCGCGGUUAUCACAUCUAACUAAUUCUUGCAAGGCAGUGUUUGAUGCAUCUGUCGCCGAAAUUUUUAUGCCACAAGCUGAAUGUGAGUCUUGGUGUGACAAGGAAGACAUGUUUGUAAGUAGGAGACUGUGUAAAAAAGGAGAUCCUGGUUUGGUAAGACAUCUUAUUUGUACAGGUUGCCGGAUAUGCGGUUCCCCCUUGGAGGCCAACAGUGAAAACACGUCUAAGCAAAAUGCAGCUGCCCUUUACUGUUUGGAAAGCUCGAACCGCCUUCAUGUUAUAAGCCUCAUAUACAGGCCUUUCAUGUUAUAUGUAUGGGAUGAUUCGGAUUAUGCACCACUCCUGGUCAAAAACAAAGCCGCAGAGCUUUUGUUUGGGAACAUCAAAGCUGAAAGAGUCUAUUCAUGCUAUAAGGAAAAACCACAUGACGGAGAAGUUAAUUUCAAAGACACUGACACAGAAACUGGUGCAAGUGCAAAACCAACUUCACAACCUAAAGCUGCUGAGGGAGGAGUUCUGGUUUCUUGCUCAUCAGCUGUAGACAACAGGAGCUUAGAAUGGGAGGGAAUACUUGGUUUCCAGAGGAACAUGGACUUCUAUAGGAUUUGGUUAAUUCUUCUGAAAACUAUGCUGCAGCAAAGAACGAACAGCCUUUUGAAAUUUGUAGUCAAUGUAAAUGCCAGUUUGGAUUGGGAGAAUGGGAGGUUUGAAAUGGUUUCUGUGCAGAUGCCAUGCUUAAGAACUAAGCGAUCUCCAGACCAUAUUUAA